AUGUCGUUCUUCCAACGAGUUGAAAACACGAUAGUCCAUUAUUUAACUGACAAAGUACAUCAAACGUUACUUAAAAAGGAACGGAACUUGAUAGAAAAAAGCUUUGGAGUUAGAAUCGCUGAUAUUCAAGAGUUAGCCAAUAACCAAUCGUUGAUUCUUGUUAAUUCGUAUCAUGUCUUGAACGGUGUGUAUCCCAGAGUACCUGGUAUUGUAGAAGUUGGAGGGAUUCAUAUACAACCUAAAAACGACACGAUACCUACGCAUAUCGAGAAAUUUGUUGCUGCUUCAGAAAAUGGUGUUAUACUGUUCAGCUUAGGAUCGCAAUUAAGUUCCACAUCAAUUUCGAAAGAGAAGCAGGAUAUUUUUAUAAGAGCGUUUUCAAAACUUAAAGAGCGAGUUAUAUGGAAGUAUGCCGACAGUGCAGAAGAGGGAACGUUGAUAGCUCAUAACAUUUUGCGAGUGAAAUGGCUGCCACAAAAAGAAUUAUUGAAACACCCUAAAAUAAAAGCUUUUAUUGGCCACGGUGGUAUGCUAGGAUCACUGGAAGCACUAUCAGCUGGCAAGCCUAUGAUAAUAAUACCAGUAUUUGCCGACCAAAAGCUAAACGCAGCUGCUCUGAAAGAUAGAGGGAUAGCCGAAAUUUUACCUCUGGCAAAUUUAAAGGAGGAAGACUUAGACAAAGCCUUGAAAACUGUUUCAAGUACGAGUAUGCAAGAGAGAGCUCGUCUUCUAUCGUCAAUGUGGCAUGACAAAGAAAGACCCCCAUUAGACACAGCUGUGUACUGGACAGAGAGGAUAAUAAGAUGGGGCAACCAGUCACAACUUUAUUCACAAGCGAAAUAUCUCCCGUUCUACCAAUACGCGCUCCUAGAUGUCACCGCCUUUGUAAUAAUGGUUGUUAUAACUGUCAUUGUUACAUCUGUUUAUAUUUUAAAAUAUUUAUUAAUCAUUGCAAGAAGUAAAACAAAGAAGAAAAUUCAUUAA